AUGUUUGGCCCAUGGAUUGUCACCCUCCUCUGUGGUUUUCUGGGAGCCACACUGGUCCAAGCUAACCUUGGUCCCCCUGCAGUGCUAAACCUCGGCCCAGAAAUCAUCGAGACAUACCUGACCCAGGCACUGAAGAACCACGAUGCCACUGCCAUCCUCCAUGAGUUGCCGCUGCUCAGUGCCAUGCAGGAGGGGUCUGGGGGCAUCCCCAUUCUGGACGGCCUCAUGCGCUCUAUUCUGAGAUACACCAUCUGGAUGAGGGUCACCUCUGCUAACAUCCUCCAGUUGGUCGUACAGCCUUCCACCUAUGACCAGGAACUGGUAGUCAGAAUCCCCCUGGACAUGGUGGCCGGACUCAACACGCCACUGAUCAAGACCCUGGUGCAGUUCCAAAUGAACACCGAGAUCCAAGCCCUCAUCCGAGUGGAGAAAAGCAAGAGCGGCCCUGCCCGCCUGAACCUUAGUGACUGCUCCAGCAGUGAGAACACCCUGCGCCUCAACCUGCUGAACAAGCUCUCCUUCAUGGUCAACUCCUUGGCAAAUAAUGUCAUGAAUCUCCUGGUGCCAGCCCUGCCCCAGAUGGUGAAAAACCACCUGUGCCCUGUGAUCCAGCAAGCCUUCGAUGACAUCUACAGUGACUUCCUGAAGCUGGCAACAGCACCUGUUGGCCUCAGCCCUGGAGCCCUGACGUUUGACCUUCUGUCUCCUGCUAUCCAGGACAGUAAUAUCAUGCUCAACCUGAAGGCCAAGCUGCUGGACUCACAAGCAAGGGUGACCAACUGGUUCAACAGCUCUGUGACUUCCCUGAUGGAGACCACCCCAGAUGGGGCCCCUUUCAGCUUGCUCCUGAGGCAGGACCUGGUGAAUGGCGUUGUGAACACCCUGGUCCCCAAGGAGGAGCUUGUGAUCCUGCUUAGAUUCGUGAUUCCUGAUAUAGCCCGCCAGCUACAGGAAGACAUCAAGGAGAUCAAUGCAGAGGCAGCAAACAAGCUGGGGCCCACCCAGAUGGUGAAGAUUGCCACUUAUAGCGGUCCCCAGAUCGUGCUGAAUGAGGACGGUGCCACAGCAGCCCAAAGUAUCAUCCUGGAAGUGUUCCCAACCAAUACAGAUGUCCGGCCCUUCUUCUCCCUCGGCAUUGAGACCAAUUAUGAAGCUCAGUUUUACAUGGAAGGUGACCGGUUUAUGCUCAACUUCAAUAACAUCAGUAUUGAUCGCAUCAAGCUGAUGAUCUCAGAUAUUAAACUGUUCAAUCCGGAUAUCCUGAGGAGCACCCUGACCAAGAUCCUUAACUACACAUUGCUGCCCAAUGAGAAUGGCAAAGUGAGGACUGGAGUCCCCCUGUCGUUGGUGAGAGCCUUGGGAUAUGAGAAAUCCAUGUUGUCUGUAAACAAGGGUGCCCUCAAGCUCACCCCAGUCUCCUCCUAGAACCCUGGCUCUUCUCCCUCCUGG